CGAUCUCAGCGCCCUCUGCGGUAAACUGCUGUUUUUUUGACAGUUUUCGGUGCAGGAAAUUUUUUAUUGCUCAAAAAAUAGUUUACGUCUUUUUAAAAGUAAAUAAAUACGGAGGAUGGAUAGUAAAGGCCGCAAUGUUAUUGUUUGUGAUAAUGGAACUGGGUUCGUCAAAUGCGGAUAUGCCGGAAGCAACUUUCCUGCCCACAUCUUUCCCUCAAUGGUCGGGAGGCCCAUAAUCCGGGCUGUAAAUAAAAUAGGAGACAUCGAAGUUAAGGAUCUAAUGGUGGGCGAUGAAGCGAGUCAAUUGCGUUCUCUGCUUGAGGUGUCGUAUCCGAUGGAGAAUGGUGUGGUUAGGAAUUGGGAGGAUAUGUGUCAUGUGUGGGAUUAUACAUUUGGUCCCAAAAAGAUGAAUAUUGAUCCCACAAAUACCAAGAUUCUCCUCACUGAACCCCCAAUGAAUCCCACAAAGAAUCGCGAAAAGAUGAUUGAGGUUAUGUUUGAGCAAUAUGGCUUCGAUUCCACCUACAUUGCCAUUCAGGCAGUACUGACUCUGUAUGCACAGGGUCUGAUUUCGGGUGUGGUGAUUGAUUCGGGAGAUGGGGUUACGCACAUUUGUCCGGUUUAUGAGGAAUUUGCUCUGCCUCAUCUGACGAGACGCCUGGACAUUGCUGGACGAGAUAUUACGCGGUAUCUCAUCAAAUUGCUCCUACUCAGGGGAUAUGCCUUCAAUCAUUCGGCGGACUUUGAAACUGUGCGGAUGAUGAAGGAGAAACUAUGCUACAUCGGCUAUGACAUCGAGAUGGAGCAACGUCUGGCACUAGAGACGACUGUUCUGGUGGAGUCUUAUACUCUACCAGAUGGGCGGGUGAUUAAGGUUGGUGGGGAGCGUUUUGAGGCACCAGAAGCUCUCUUUCAGCCACAUUUGAUCAAUGUUGAGGGUCAGGGUAUUGCCGAAUUGGUCUUUUCCACAAUUCAAGCAGCAGAUAUCGACAUGCGAUCUGAACUCUAUAAACACAUUGUCCUAUCUGGAGGUUCAACAAUGUAUCCCGGACUUCCCAGUCGUCUGGAGCGCGAGAUCAAGCAGCUCUAUCUCGAGAGAGUUCUCAAGAAUGACAUCGACAAGCUUUCUAAAUUCAAAAUUCGCAUUGAAGAUCCUCCGAGGCGAAAAGACAUGGUUUUUAUUGGGGGCGCCGUUUUGGCGGAUGUGACAAAGGACCGAGAUGUAUUUUGGAUGUCGAAGCAGGAGUACCAAGAGCAGGGACUCAAUGUCCUCAAGAAGCUCAGCAAAAAGCAGUGAAGAGGGAAAUUGAUAAAUAAUUUCUCUCAAUUUUCUUCGCCAAAAACGCAUCUUCGUUCUAUCAAAAAAAAACGUGUUCUCUUCAGCCCUAUUUCAGUCAGCAUUUCAGCGAGAGAGUUUUAUUGAAAAAAAAUAUAUAUUAUAUAUAAAAAAGUUAAUUUAUUUUCCAGUGAAUCAUUAAAAAUUAUCACAAAAUCAAGCAAAGAUCAAUUGUAAAGAAAAUAUUACUGUAAAAUCAUUCCGACUGGAAAAAACUACUGUAAGAUUUUAAUUUUAAAUAAAGAAAAAUGUAUUAAUUAAA